AUGCCAAUUCCAUCUGGACAUCAAGGUCUGGACAUCCCUAUGAUUACCGACGAAGACUGGGAUGCAGAUGACGAGGACUCUGGUUCAGAUACUACUUCCGAUAGCUUUGACUUGGUGCCGAUGUCGACGGCACUGAAACCAGAAGAUAAAGUCCGAGGCUUAUGUACCAACCCAUUGUUUCAUUUCACGGUCCACCGUGAAGAACAUACGUUUCCAGGCCAGUGCGGUAAAUCUGAUGGCUGGAUUAACACAUCUCAUUUUCUCUGGACCAUGUGCGCUACACUCGCGGAUUCAGGAACCGAUCCGGAAUGGGCAGCGACAUUCGAAGAAUGGCGACCCCAGUGGAACAAAAUCCAGGCGCAGGUGAAGAGAUUCGGAUACACUCACUUUUCUUCUGAGAUCGCUCCUGCACCGGUUGAUCUUGUGUUGGUCCAAUUCUUUGGAUGGGGGUAUAGUGGAGAACCCAGAGAGUUUGAGAUUGAACAGGAGGACCCAGAUAGUGUCUAUGACUGCCAGGAUAUGUGGACCUUUUGGCGAUACAUUAUUGAGACGCCGGCAAGUCAGAUUCGACAGAUUGUUGUUUGCCUCAAAGAUACUGCGAGGCUUGUUGGCUCUGAGUAG